UAGCUAGCAUAUUACCCACAAUGCCAUUUGUCUCUAGUACGUGAAGAAGAAUGAUAGCAGAACAAGCUCGUACGCUCACACACGCCGCCUUCAGUGAGGCAGAGGUACUGGCUGCCUCCCCUCCUGCUUUUUCACUGCAGCGUUAUAUCAGAUCAGCAAGACUUAUAAGUUAUACACAUACGUGAAAUACAUGACCUAGACUAUGGAAUGUGAGGACAUAUAACUACAUUUACUACAUUAAAGCAGAGAUUAUUCCAAGUGAUGCAGCAGGACAUGUUAUCCACUCAAUAACGGCGAGCGAUGGAGAAUAAUCAGCAGCUAUUUUGCGCGUAGAUAAGAGCGCGCUAAUAUUAGGAGCUGUCCUGGUGCUGGUAAUUUACACGAGCUGACCGGUAACACUGCAAUCUGUCUGCUAAUUUACAACUGCCAAUUUCUAGUAAUAAAACUCGUACAGUAACUAACAGUGUCUCUAAAACAUUUUCCUCUCGGUCCUCUCGGCUGCUUUUCGGAAUAUUUCUCUCAGAGUUGUCCGUUUAAAAUAAUAAAAAAAUUUGUAAAAAAUUUUUUAGUUUUCUAAUGAAAGAAAUGAAUACGUUGGCACGAUUAUAUUUUUGUCUACAACACCGAUUUCACACAUGUAAUCACACACCUUCAGAUCAAAAGGCUUUUAAAGUCACGAGAAACAUUUCAGUCGAGUGUCCACAAACUUUUGACUGGUUGUGUACGUAUAAUCCAUCCAUCUUCUACCGCUUUAUCCUUUUCAGGGUCACGGGGAACCUGGAGCCUAUCCCAGGGAGCAUCGGGCACAAGGCGGGAUACACCCUGGACAGGGUGCCAGUCCAUCGCAGGGCAUAAUCACAUACACACUCACAUUCAUACUCUAUGGACACGUUAGACACGCCAAUCAGCCUACCAUGCAUAUCUUUGGACUGUGGAAGAAACCGGAGUACCCGGAGGAAACCCCCCCAGCACGGGGAGAACAUGCAAACUCCGCACACACAUGGCCCCAACGGGACUCGAACCCCGGACCCUGGACGUGUGAGGCAAACGUGCUAACCACUAAGCCACCGCACUCCUGUGUACGUAUACAUUUUUAAAUUUUUUUUAAAUGGGUGGUCACUAUAUCUGGCAUUACGCAGGUGACCCGCAUGCUGGCUAAGAACGACUGGAUCUCGUCCGAGCGACACCUCUUCAGUCAGCCCAACUCUGUGUACGACUUCAAAGAGAACAGCCCUAAAGAAGCUGGCCAGAGACUAAAGAGACUCGAGGAGACUAAAGACAAGCUGGAGAGAAACAUCAACCGCAGAGCCAUUAACACGCUCAGCGAGGCUGAGGAACGGUAUAAUGACCUGAAAAAGAAGAAGAGGAUUGUCGAGAACGAUAAAGCAAAGAUCCUGGAGACGAUCAAAGAGUUGGACCAGAAAAAGAACGAGGCGCUCAAUGUGGCAUGGCAAAAGGUCUGCAUUGAAUAUUAGACUCGAAUAUUUAUUUCGCCGCGAACACGAACCUGUAAAUGACCAAAUGUGCGCAUUUCGGAUCCAUAUUCUCCACGCUGUUGCCUGGCGCAGACGCUUGUCUGGCUCCGUCUGAGGGCUGCGGUGUCCUCGAUGGCCUCGAGUUUAAGGUCGCUCUUGGAAACACGUAGAAGGAUAACUUGACAGAACUGAGUGGAGGCCAAAGGUCAGGCGAUCCAAAUGCUGCAUUCAGAACCAGUGGGUUUAAUUCUGUUUUUUUCAUACGCGUGUUUCAGGUCACUGGUGGCCCUUUCUUUGAUUCUUGUCAUGCUGCUGUUUAAACCUGCUCCGAUCUACAUCCUGGACGAAGUGGACGCUGCUCUCGACCUCUCGCACACACAACAUCGGGCAGAUGCUGCGCACACACUUCACGCACUCCCAGUUUGUGGUUGUGUCACUGAAAGACGGCAUGUUCACCAACGCCAACGUUCUGUUUAAGACCAAGUUUGUGGACGGGAUCUCUAGAGUGACGCGCACAGCUCAGACACACCAGGGGAAAGUUCUAGGCCUGCGCGCACAUGACGAAGCCAACACUGAGGAUAAAGGUCAGCACGAGAUCCUCGCCAGCUAAACGCGUGUAGAUCAUCUUGAUCAAUUUCGCUUCUUUAUUCUAAACGCACAUGUAUUCUUGUGUGUUUUUUUUUUUUUUUACAUUACUUUGUAAAAUUUUAAGGUGGUCUUGAUUUGAAUUGCACUUUUUGUGACAGUUGUCCUGAAACUGUGGUGCAUUUAUUUUGGCACUGCUGAUUUGUAAGACCAUUUUGUCCAAAUAUUUGUGAUUUUAUUACAAAGAAUAUUGUCAGCCAAUUUAUGUUGUUAUGGAAACAUUUAUGAUUUGGUCUUUUGCAGAACUGUAGAGACAAGUGCAGACAGGUUUAUAUAAUAGCUUCCAUUUUAUACUUUUAUUGGCAAAAUUCCAUAUUCACAAAUAUAAGUUUUCCUGUAAAAAAAGAACAACAACCGUGUGUUAUAUCUUUCAAGAAAGAAACGGAACAUUAUUUUAACUCAAUACGAUUCUCUAUGAAGCAAAAAGCAGUUCAAACUUUGAAAAUCUGUCAACUUUUCAAUAUCUUUAUAUAGAUCUACAUUAAGCCCCCUCUAGUGUGAAAUUGUUUGUUACAUCUAUGAUGUCUUUUCUUGUAUUUUCAAAUAUCUGUAAAAAAAAAAAAAAAAAAAAUUUUUGUCUUUUAAUCAAAAAAUAAAAUAAAAAAAGAGCAAAAAAUAAUAAUAAACAAUCGGUUAC